AUAGUCCAGGGUAAUUAGCCAAUUAUGAGCGAAAAUUUCUUAAAACAAAACAUAAAGCUAAAAGUUGGUAAACGGAUAGCUUUUAUAGUAUCGUUAUUCAUAAUUUCUGGUGUUGCAGCUUGUGCCGGGUGGUGGGGACGCAGAACGUUUUUGGGGUCCAUAUAUCUGCUAUAACAGACGUACGAUCCUCUUUACAUUUCAAUUUUUUUUUGGCAAUGAUGAUACCUUUAAAAUAUUUAAAUUUAGUUGAAAUUUACGAGGGCCUAUUUAAUCGUGCCUCUUUCUUUGUGUGAUAAGAAAAAAGGUGUAAACUUGGCAAAACAUAAUGCAUUUUAUCAGCUGUGUGAUUUUCUAGAAAAUAAUGAUGAUGUGUACGACAUAAAGAAUUGAUCUCAGUAAUGAAAGAAAAAUCCCUCGACGGAGAAGUUUAUUCUGAAGAAUAUGUUAAAAUGAAACUUAAGGCUCAUUAUGGUGAUUCCAUUUGUAUGACAUCAAAAAGUGGAAAAUGGACAUUAUGUUCCCGGGGUACAGUUUCUCGUAUCUUAAAUGAUAAGUGGUAUGAGGACAAAUUAAAAAAUAUUACAGACGAGCGAAUGCGAAUCGUUGAAGCUGCCGCAAUUUUAAUCAAAGUUGCCUGUGAAUAUGAUAACUACCCUAGCGUUGAACAAAGGUUAUAUUGGUAUCCCGGACAGUUUGCCUUCAGAACCUUGUUUUGUAAUGGAUGGUGGUUAUCUUCUGCAUAG